AUGAAUCUAACUGGCUAUUCCGACUCCGAAGACUCGGGCGACGACGCCCCUACAGUUACCCAGGCCACCGCGAGGCCCACACCGAAAGUCGCAUUCCAAAAAGUCGUCGACCGCUCGAAUCCAGGCAAGAUCAAGCUCAACUUACCAAGCGCAUCGCAAUCGCACACCGAAAAGGAUGAUAUCGAUUCAGAAGCUCGACCAGCGAAAAAAGCGCGCAUUGGCGGUAGCGCAUUCGGUGGUUUCAAUGCGAUGCUUCCUGCACCUAAGAAACCAAAAGUGGAAGCGAUGACCGCAGACGCACCUUCCGGGAAGAGAGGCUUGGGAAAGGGCUUGGGAGCUGGAGUCAACUUGAAGACAGGUUCAGAGCCAGCUUUCCAACGACAACGGACCCUCGCUCUGGACGAAUAUGACGAAAAUGGGAACCCGGUCAAGCAGGAGGCUCGCAAACAGGAAGACUUUCGCGCACUGCUGAACUUACCCACGCCAAAGGCCGAGACCAAGGCGGCAGAAACACCAGUUGCUACACCUACAGCAACACCUGCCCCAUCGGAGCCAGUUGCUCAAGAGCCCACACGGCCUAGGUUUAUGCCCAAGGGCAUGGGAUGGGGAAAGAAAAAGAAGCCUUCAGCCGCCAGACCAGCAGCAGCACCGACACAAUCUGACGUUGGGUCGAUGUCUCAGUCAUCAAUCAGCGCGCACAAAACUGAACAAAAACCUCCCCCGAAACCAAAAGUAUCACUCUUUGGAUCCGUAUCACAAGAGAUAGAUGCACCGGCGAAGCAGACUACCGGCGAAUACCAACCCCUAAUCUACGGCGCCAAGGAAGACGAAGAAACACCAAUGCCCGACUCAGUCUUCCAAUCCCAUCAACAGGCCAUCCCUAACGCGCCCCACCCUUCAAAUAACCUCACCAACAUUGCCUCGGAGCUGAACCUUACCGAAGCCGAGCGCCGCCAACUCUUUGGCAGGAAAGGACAAGGCCCAGAUCUCUCUGGCGCCAAGAUUGUGGACUUUAACACAGACCAGGAGUAUGCGCACAACGAGAAGCUGCGACAACAAGGCGAGACGAUUCAACACAACGCACUUAAAUCGAUCUCUGGCACUGGAAAGAACAGCUUGAGAAGCUUGAUCAAUGUCGCGAGUACACAGAAGGACGCCUUGGAGGAACAUUUCGCGAGCGGACGGAGGAAUAAGAAAGAGGCGGGUAAUAAGUAUGGAUGGUAG